AUGGCGGCUAUAGCAGACUACCAAUGGCAUGAUCCGCUGAUGGCGUUUAAAUGUCCAACAUUAGAUGAAGGAGCUUCAGGAAACCUACAGAUACCAAAUGCAGGUUUGAUGAUAGAUAUGAGAGACCUAAGUGAAAACUAUAACCAAGAGAAACAGGCUACAUCCUUCUACAUCCCUGUUGAACAAGACCAGGGUAAUGGUUCAGAAGUUAAUGGUCCGAAAGUUUUGGGUGGAUCGCCGAUAAGGUCGACAUCUGGUACAUACAUUCAGCAAAGCAGUAAUGAGUGCUUGGUAGCUGAUGUAGAUUUAGACCCCUCGGAGAGUGGAUUUUACUUGGAGGAAGAUGUGGACCUCAACCAGCAGACUGUUACUUCCUUUGGAGGACUUUCCAUUGAUACCCAGGACAGUGCACGCUACUAUGAUGCACCGUUUGACUGUGGUAACAUUCAAUUUUCAAAUAUUCAUAGCCAGAAACCUGAUAUAGAGCGCCACUAUGUAUGUAUCCCCAGUGACACAUCAAGCUGGGAUGUUACACACUUCCUUGGCACCUACUGGAAGAUGAGAAGUCCAAAGAUUGUACUAUCUGUAAUAUCAGGAGUGAGACAUUUCAAACCAUGGAAAAACCUCCGAUUGAAGGAACAGUUUCAGAAAGCCGUUAUCAAAGCAGCCAACACCACUGAAAUGUGGAUUGUGACAAGUGGGUUGGAUGGAGGUGUGUCCAAGAUGAUUGGAGAUGCUUUUAGAGAAGAGAAAGCUCGGCGAAUUAGCAACCGUACACAGCAGAGUAUGAUCCGUCCAGAUGCUGUACAGAAAUUUCAAAAACUUACAUUGAUUGGGAUCUUACCUAAAGAUGGACUGAAAUAUGGUGACAAGCUGGAUGGAUCUGAAGGUGUUGGACUGAGGAAUGAAGGGCACCAACCUGACAGUGACAAGUAUGAACUUAACCCCGACCACACCCACUUUAUGAUAGUAGAGGAGGAGGAUCUGGACCGCAUGUUCUUCACCAACAUCAGAUGUACACUAGAGAAGGAGUUUGAGUGUCAGUUAGGGCGGCCACGUCGACUAAGGAGGGUUUUCAGCUGGGGUUCUGAUGAGAGCAAUAUUCACAGUUUCAAUAACAUGCACCCACCAAAUGAUAAGACAAUUCCUGUGAUUGGAUUGUUGGUACAAGGUUCACCUAAGAAUGUAGAACACAUUUUGUUCUACCUCAGCAACAAGAUGCCAGUAGUUGUCCUCAAGGGCAGUGGGGGAUUCGCAGACCUCUUAGCUUUUGCCUAUCAGGAAACUCAAGAAAGGACCGAUCCAGACUUCCUGGAAACGUUUCUGAAACCAGAAUUAAUCAAAAUGAUCUGUAAAAGCUACCCUAGUGACUUCAAGGACAAUGACCUGGCCAGGAAUGAAUUCAGGGACAAGAUAUUGAAAUGUGUAGACUUAGCACAAGAGGAAGACCAGACAUUUAUGACUGUGGUGAAUAUGCAAGGUUGGGAUGCAAGUUUAAAAGACUUGGACAAGUAUUUACUUAAAGCCCUAUUCAAAUCUGAGAAGCAGGUUGCUAGCAAGUGGAAGGAACAACUGUACAAGAAUCUCCAGUUAAUUCUCGACUGGAACCGUCCUGACUUAGUACAGUCACAGAUAUUCCAGCGUGAUGACUUUGCAAAAAUUAAGUUAAAUAAGGAGCUGUUGGAAAAGGCCUUGCUAAAAACAGAUAGAGAAGAAUUUGUAGACCUGUUUCUUGAUCAUGGAGUUCAGAUUCACAAGUUUUUAAACCACAAAAAGUUCAAGCUGCUCUUUGAAAGACCAGAAGAUCGAGAAUUUUUCACAACAGUGUGCUUAGAAGGAGCUCUGAACUUCAGUAGUGUGGAAGCAGAUCAGCCUUUGCAGAAAGAAUUUUUAUCAAAUGAUCUGAAUCGUUUGAUAUACAAGCUGAGUCGUAUCAAAGAUUUUGUCCAACCAUAUGAGCUUUCCAUGAAUUCUGCUGGACUGUAUGUUUCAAACCCUGCUGUCGCAGAGAGGAAGGCUCUGAACUGUCUCAUCAUCUGGGCAGUACUGAUGAAUCGCCAAAAGCUGGCUAAGGUUCUGUGGCAGAGAUGUGAAGAACCCAUUGCUAUGGCUCUGAUUUGUAGCAACAUGUACAAGGAACUGGCAAAAAACUGUAUAGAGCUGUACCUACGCAAUGAGAUGGAACACAAUGCAAAUGACUUUGGUAAGAUUGCCCUUGGUGUGUUGGACAUCAGUUUCCGUGACUCUAGUGCUCAGGCCUAUAACAUCCUUUGUAAGCCUUUACCUGAUUUCAACAACAAGACCACACUGGAAAUAGCGUAUGAUGCAAACUACAUGAACUUUAUAGCACACCCCUGCUGUCAGAAGUGGCUGACUAAAAAACUGUUUGGUGCUAUACACGUCAAAGAAGUCCAUUGGGGCAUUUUCAGGCUUCCCUACUGGUUCAAGAUCUUGGCCAGUGCUUUCUUGAUAUUUCCGAUGUUCCUUUGGAUAAACUUUUCUUCUGGAUCUCUCAGGAGAGUUAAAGGAAUUACAGUAAACGAUUCCAUUUUGAUGGAGGACGAGGAAGAAGAUGCAGAGACUGACAGCAAUGAUGAUGAUGAAGAUGCAGUUUUACCAUCAUCAAAGUCUAUGUUGGAGAAUGAACUCAGCAGUAUGAGUAAGACAAAGGGCCUUAAGAAUGUGAAAGUAAAGAUAAGAAGUGCCAUGAAAUCUAACAAGAAGCGACACUUUGCCAUUUGGAGGCGAAUCCAGCUCCUGUGGUCAGCACCAAUUACCAAAUUCUGGCUGACUCAGGCCCUGUAUUUCCUGUACCUGGGAUUGUUCUGUCUGGCAGUGCUGUGGCCCACCUGUGGUAAUUUGACACUAGAUCUUUUAGUGUGGUUGUGGACAGCUGUCAUUCUGACUGAGUUGGUCAGGAGAACUUAUGUUAAACACCAGAAAUACAAAACAGUUUCCCUGUUUGGCCAGUGUGCAGAGAUUUGCUUCAUUUUGAUAUUCCUCGUUCUUUACCUUUUCCUACGAAUUAUACCCCAUUGGUUUGUGUAUGCCAACAUCAAUGCAGCCAAGACGGUGUUAAGUGUGGGACUGAUCUAUUCCUUCUAUCGUCUGUUGGGUACCUAUCUCCUUAUCAGUCCAACCUUGGGGCCAAUGUUGGUACGGAUGUCUCGAAUGGUGAAGCAUGACUUUGUGGCUUUUAUACGUAUGUUCUUGAUCUUUCUAAUCUCUGGGGGCGUGACUAUACAGGCUGUUCUCUACCCAAACUACCCAAUGGGCAUCAACCUGAUCAAGAGAGUUCUCACACGCCCACUGUUUGCCAUGUUUCUUACCAAGAUUGAUGAUUUGGAUGGUUCUCCUGCCUGUAAUGCAUACACCAAUGCAAAUAUGUCUGCUCAUUACUGUUUGGCAGAUCCACCUCGACCUGAACCUCAACUUCCUGAUGACAUUAUCCAGUGCUCCGUAGAAAGUGUCGGGGGAUACCUGAUUGUGAUCCAGUACCUCCUCAUCUGUAAGCUUGUUCUAGUAACACUCCUGUUUGCUAUGUUUGCCCUUACAAUAACUAAGGUGGAUAAAGAGGCUGGUGAGAUUUGGAAGUAUCAGCGGUAUGCACUGAUUAUAGACUUCGAGGAACGACUGUGUCUACCCCCUCCGUUCACUCUGAUUAGUUACGUCACCAUGCUCCUAGUCUUCUUCUACAAUCAAGUGUUUGUCUGUCAAAAGGGCUGUCGGUGCUGCUAUUGCUGCAAAAGACAGGAUAAGGUAAAAACUAAAAAAAAUACUGAGAAGAUGAUCCACAAAGUUCAGAGGAUUAAACAGUCGCAGGAUUAUAAUUACUGGCAGAAGUGUGCUUCAGAAUACAUUACCACCCAGGAAAACGAGCUGGAAAAGAAUGCUGUUGUGAACAAACAGACAGAAGUCAUCAACUCACUUCAAGAGGAUAUGAAUUUUCAAAAGAAGAAUAUGCGUCUCCUGAACAACAGAAUUGUGGAGUUAGAGAAAAUAAUGCUGUCUAGUCGUAUGUACCUGGAGAACAUCUACCAUAAACUGGACAAGACAGAUGUGUUUGGUGUGGCUAAUACAAAAGGACAGAUCAUCCAUAUAACAGCCAGGCAGUCCCCCUACCCUGGCACACGUAUUGCACGCUUUCCUGUUUUUGACAAAUAUGUUCCAUGGGAGCAAGUUUAUGAUGUGUAUGACCCAAAAAUUUACACUAAGCCAAAGGAUCAGUUCUGUGAGGAUGAAAUGGUAUUUGUGGAUGAGGACCUAAUUCAGUUAAAGAAAUUACAAGAGGAGCGAGACAGGAUGACAGAGGAGGAAAAGGAGGCCUUACCUCCCUUGGUAAAGUUUACAGCUAAGUGGAAUGCAGUGGUGACUUAUAGACAAGAGUCUCAUACACGUGCCAUUGACAGAAGAUCUUGGAUUUCCUUUGAUAACCAGCCACAUCGUUAUAGCUUGGACCCAAUGGAAAUACCAAUUAAUUCUAUGGGGAGAACUGGUCUGAGAGGCCGUGGUGUGUUAUGGCGCUGGGGCCCUAACCAUGUAAUCAAGGCAGUCUGCACCAGAUGGCGUCACAAGUACAGUGAUAAUGAUGCACAGACUGGUUUCCUGUAUGUCGAGGGUAAACGUGUUCUUGAAUUCAUUGCCAUCAAAAAGCUUGGGGAUGAAGUAACUGUAGAUUCUGGAUCCACUUACGGUCUACCAGGGGGAGCCCUACAUGGACAUAUCUCUCCCUAUAGUAUGCAGUGUCAGGCAUUUAUGAAGGAUGUACUAAUGGAGGACCAAGAACCCAAAAAUAACCUGGACCAGUCAGACAUGAUUCAGUAUUUUGCUCAGUUUUCGGCUAAUGUGAUUACCCCUGUCCGAACACCUGUCACACAACUGCCUAGCCCUGUAUCCAGCGCCACCCAGCUGUCCUCCAUCCAGCCCUUCCUGACUCGUACUAACUCCAGGACAAGUUUACGUACACACGGGGAAGGGGACAAUUCAGGCUAUAGUGCAUGCCUGUUAUACAAAGGCUAUGUAGAUGAUCCCCGUAACACUGACAAUGCAUGGGUGGAGGCUGAGGUGUGGAACUUCCAUUAUGAUGGUGGAGACACUUUUGACAUCAGAAUUCCUGAGGAUAGUUCACCAACUUGGAAGGAAGUUUCACCCAAUGUGAAGAUUUUUGGAAAUGAAGGUGUCAUUGUACAAGAGGCUGCCAAAAUCCAUGAUGCAUAUCAUUAACACAGGAUAUGUGUAGAAUGUAGCCCCUUUUAAUGUCUGUGUUGAAGUAUUUAGCACUGCCUCAGCUAACUGAAAC